UCCAUGGAAGACACCACGUCCAUCCUGCCCCGGCUCAAGAGGAACUCCAACGCCUACGGCAUCGGAGCUCUGGCUAAGUCUUCUCUGUCAGGUGUGUCAGGAGUCACCCGCACCAUGAAAGAAAGAGUGACCAAACCCACCGCCAUGGCUCAGGGUCGCGUCGCCCACAUGAUCGAGUGGCAGAACUGGGGGAUGCAGACGGUGGGAGCUGGCGGCAUCCCGCAGUCCCGCAUCACCACCCAGGAGCGGGAGAAGGAGCGGCGGCUGGAGAACGACGCCUACAGCGACCUCAGCGACGGCGAGAAGGAGGCUCGCUUCGCCGCAGGUAUCCUGCAGCAGUUUGCCAUCUCCGAGGCGACGCUCCUGGCCUGGUCAUCGAUGGACGGUGAGAGUCCGCGGUCAGGAUCCAACCAGGGCAGCGUGGCCCACCUGAGCGAGGUCAACCAGGAGAGCAUCACCAGUAGAGAUCAGAUAUUGCACCACUCCUCAGCAGAGGUGUGGCCUCACACAUACGUCUCCCAGGGCCACUACUGCCUCUCCUCCUCCGACGCCUGGGAGCCCAUCAGCAGCGAUCCCUCCGGUGUGGCGUCUCCCCCUACUGGCUCCUACGUGAUGGGGACGGACGGCUACGACGGCCAGGCGGCGGCGGCUCACUUCCUGUCUCAGCAGCAGCAGCAGCAGUUCAACCUCCAGCAGCAGAGUCAGCUGCAGCAGCUGCAGCAGAUCCAGCAGAUCCAGCACUACCAGCAACAGCAGCUGCUGCAGUAUCAGCAACAACAGUCUCUGGAGCACCGGCUGCACAGCGCCAACCACUCUUUGCAAGCAACGCCCAACAGCACCAUCCACAGCCUGGUGCACCAGGUCCACCCCCCGCUGGUGGACCUGUGGAACACGGGGCAGAUGGAGGCCUACCAGGCGGAGGCCGGGGGCUACAUGGGCGUGGCGGCGGUGGUGGAGCCCAGUCUGUGCGUUCCCUCCGGAGACGAGCUGGUGGGAACGGAACACUCACCGCUGCUGGAGCAGCAGGAGGAGGAGGUCAAGGAGGAAGACGUGACGCUGUGCGUGGAGCCUGAGUCGGCCACGUUGACUCCGCCCACGCAACAAGGGGACGCCUCCGGAGGCAGUAGUCCGGGGCAACCGCCGGCAGAGCCAAUCACGGAGCGGAAGGCCUCUGAUGUCACCUUGGGCCUCAUUCAGACACUAGAGGAGAGGAAGGAGGAGGAGGAGGGGCCGGCCGCCUCCAUGGCAACCAACUGAGUUCCUGUCUGUCAGGAGACUCGGAGUACAAACUGACCCGGAGUCAGCGAGGAAUGAGCGUAAUAACACAAUAUAUAUCUAUUAAUCUGUCCGUUCAGGUAUCAAAAACACGAGUUUGGCUGCGAGGGAAUCCUUCAGAUGUUGACUCACUAUGAGACGGAUGAAACGGAGGACACGUGCUUCUCUUAAGCCUUACAUCCCAAAGGUAACGGAAGAGUGAGGAUGGAGGAGGACUGAAGCAUUUCCAUCAGGGAAUGAACCACACUGAGACCAGGAGGAACGGAAACAUGCAUGCUUUUUAUGGAGACAAGCAACUCGACCCUGUCUUAUAAUGAUAAUGAAAAAUCUACAUAAUAAAACAUUAUAAUAAGAA